AUGAAGUCUGUCGCAAUCUCUGCAGAGUCCGGUGGGCGUGGCGCUGCUGCGCUGCAGCUGGCUUGGGCUUUGACACUGUCGCUGUACCAUGGAGCCGACACUGCGGUCUUCAAGACAAUCAUCUACGACAAACCUGCCGUGACCGCUAGCUCCACAAUCGUCCGUGUCCAGGUCCACUUGGAUCUCAAGAGCACUGUCGCUGCGGAGCUAGAUGAGAUCGGGCGUCAAACUGCCAGUCAUCACAAUAUCGCGCCGGGAGGCGCCUGGGCGGAGAACAGUCUGCUGGUCCUCGAAUCUUCCGAAGCUCCUCUGUUCGAUAUCGUGUGGUACAGAGAGUAUCCUCUUGUCCUCAAUUGCCGACUUGUCGAAAAGGAGUUUCAGCUACAGGCUUGGUGCAACGAGACUGGGCCACAAGAAUGGCUUGGGAACCAACUUCUUCACCACCUUGCAUUUGUUCUUCAGGACGUCCUCGCCCACCCGGAGACAAAACUCACCGAUUUGCCCACUAUUUCCCCUGAAGAUUACGCACAAGUCUUGGAAUGGAACCGAGAGGUUCCCAUCAACGUCAGGGCCCGGGUCCAGGACCUGAUCGCCAAGGAAAGUCUUGCACAUCCAGACAGCCCGGCUGUUUGUGCGUGGGAUGGCGAUUUUACAUACGAGGAGCUGGACAAGCUCUCAUCCCACUUGGCUGCGCACCUAGCACAGCUAGGAGUUGGACCAGAGACUUUUGUGCCUAUCGUGUUCGAAAAGUCUAAAUGGAACAUGGUUGCUACCCUUGGUAUUAUCAAGGCGGGCGGUGCCUUUGUCCCUCUCGAUCCUGGCCAUCCCCUUCAGCGCUUGCAGGAGAUUUGCCGACAGAUAAAGGCCCAAGUAGCAGUGGCCUCCACCAAGACAGCGGCACUAGCGACGAGCCUCGCCCCCGCCGUCGUGCGUGUGAGUGAGGAGGAUCUAACCUGGCCUGAGAAUGAUGGCAUCGUGCCAGAGCCCUCUGUCAGCCCGGACAACGCCCUCUAUGCCAUCUUCACCUCCGGAACCACUGGUAGACCCAAGGGGGCGGUGCUGGAACAUCGUCACUUUUGCUCUGUCGUUGGCCCUAUGAUCGAGCGGACCGGACUGACUAUUGAGCUAUAUAGUGCAUAA